GUCCGACUAAAAAGUCGUUUCCGCAGUGACUGCUUCACGUUUUUCUUUCUAAUACGUCUGGCACAUGGAUGAUUUCAAAGGCCUAAUUCGAGGACAUAACAUGAUUCUUAUCAAUUGAUUAUCACGUAGCUGGGCUGAAACUCGUUAGUCCCUGGAGCUCUGUUUCGACCAAAUGGUCACCAUGACGUUAUCCCGGCAUGAUCGCUGGUGUGCUUCUUCGGAUCACUCAGAUCCCCAACUUGGAGCUCAUACACAGCAGAGUGCUCGGCCACCAGCGUUGAGAUUUUGAUUUCACCGACCACCCGCGAUGUCCAACUCAAAGGAGGCAGGUUCGUAUCCUUCUCGCUGGCGCAAAUUUCUCCAGAAAAUUGAGGUACCCACCGACCCUGGAGUGCCCAACACCCUAUGGCUCAACCGCGACCUCAUCCCCAUGCCCAAAGAGCGCCGCACCUACAAGAUAUGGUCCUACUUUAUCUACUGGUGCAUUUCUGGUCUCUGCAUUUCUGCGUAUACUGCUGGCAGCACACUACUCGCAUACGGCCUAGACGCGCAACAGGCUAUCGUGACCCUUGUUGUUGGAGGUCUCAUUGUUGGGGUGCUGUGUGUCGCAUGCGGGUGGAUGGGAGAGAGACAUCACAUAGGCUUCACCGUGGCGUGCAGGUUCAGCUGGGGCAUGCGAGGCGCCUACUUCCCUGUUAUCAUUCGUGUGUUUGUUACCAUCUUCUGGGAUGGGCUUCAGGCCUACUGGGGUGGACAAGCUGUUGCCGUAACCAUUGGCGCCAUCAUCCCUGGAUUCGCCCACAUGAAACAGACGUUGGCAGGAGGAACCCUGCUGACCAAGGACCUCAUAGGCAUAAUCAUUUACUACGUUCUCUUCAUCACAGUCAUGCGCAUUCCUCCUGAGCGGCUCCAGAAACCUUUCAUCGUCUCGUCUGUCAUGUUCGGCAGCACCCUGAUUGGACUUCUUGCCUGGGCAGUCUCAAAUACACAUUCUGGUGGCCCCUUGUUUCGGGAGCCAGCCAGUCCCGUCCACGGUGGCACGGGAUGGGCCAUGUUAUUCGGUAUCACGGCAAUUCUCGGUUCAUGGGGUGGCGGUACCCUCGGACAAAGCGACUGGACGCGCUAUGCCAACCGGCCAUAUGCGCCCACGUUAUCUCAGUUCGUCGCCGCCCCAUUUUGUAUCAUUGUGUGUGCCACGAUCGGCAUCGUCGUCACGUCAUGUGCACAAGAAAUUGUAGGAAGCCUGAUUUGGGAGCCUUUCCUGCUUCUUGCGACUCUGCAGGAUUACUAUAAUGACUCCUCCAGAGUUCGCGCCGCUAUUUUCUUUGCCGGACUCGGAUGUGUAUGCGCCCAGCUUGGCAUUAGCAUUGUUCUCAACUCUGUGAGCGCCGGAAUGGAUCUCUCGGGUAUCGUACCCCGCUAUAUUAACAUCAGACGCGGCGCUUACCUACUUGCCAUCUUGGGACUGGCUUCGAACCCUUGGCAAUAUCUGUCAAAUGCUUCAACUUUCCUGACCGUGAUCUCUGGCUUCGGAAUAUUUUUUGCUCCAUUUACUGGGAUCCUUCUCGCCGACUACUUUGUAGUAAGAAAGUGCGUGCUCAAGCUCGAGGACUGCUACAUCGGCGACGAGCGCUCUAUAUACUGGUACCACAACGGCAUCCACUGGCGUGCCCCACUUGCCUGGGUGCUCGGCGUCUUCCCAACCAUGCCCGGGCUCAUCAUGACAACCCGAAACGCGACUGCAUGGAAUGCAUGGGUGCGCGUUUUCCAUAUUGCAUUCUUCGUGGGUCUUGCGAUCUCGUUCGUCGCUUUCUCGGUGAUUUGCUGGGUCUCGCCCCCCGGGAAUGUGGGUAUUGGGGUCUCGUAUCAUGAGGAAGGUGAUUCUGAUGUGGAGGUGGGUAAGGCAGAGAUCGAGGAGGAGAAGGAAGCAGUGUAGGACUGGCGGUGAUGGUUAUUCUGAAGGAUCCGCUAUCUUAUGAUUCUCAUAGACAAAAUGUUGCUCAUGUUGAUUUACGAUAAGGUGUUUAAAUAUUUAAGACCGAAAUGGUGGUGCUACAAGUUGACAAGACCGUCAGUUGGGCUUUACAAUGACGAGAACUCCUGCAAGCGACUUACGCUCUCAGAUGGGUCGCC